UUAUGUAUUUUAUUAAUAUAAUUAUUCACAUAUAAUAUAUAUAAGUUUAAAAUAUUUAUGAUAAUGUGUUGUCAUUAUUCCAACUUAGGGCGUAAUAUUAAAAAAAAAUGGAAGCAGUUUGCUCAGUUUGUCGUGAAAGAAAUACAAAGUAUACAUGCAUGAAAUGCGCUGUUUUUGUUUGCAAUAUUUGUGCAACUCCGGGAAAAACUGGCGACUUAUCUUAUAGUGAGGAAAUUAAGAGAAUUGCCUCAUGUUCAAAGUGUUCAACAGUUGAGCCACCGAAAAAUAAAAUUCAAAAAACUAUAUUUUCUUUGUUUAAACCACUUUUAGAACAGUCGCCUGCAGCUAAGUCUAUAAAUGAAAAAAAUGCCAAAGAAGAAACAAGUAAGAUCACGGCAAAUCCUCGUAAAGUAUCAGUAUCGACAGUAGAAACUUGGAAGUCGGAGCUCGCUGAGUAUUCACUUAGCGAAUGGCUAUUUUAUGACAUUGAUUCAAAUGAAAGAGUAAAAAACUUAAAAUGCAAGUUUUGUACAGAGUUUAAUGAUACAAUAAAAACUACGCCAUACUAUACGAAUACAUUCAUAGUUGGAUCAGCAAACUAUAGAAAAUCGAAUAUUCUUGAUCAUUGUAAGUCUCAACCGCACUUAAAAGCAUACACUCUUUUUCUUAAAAAAUCUAAUAAUUUUCAAAAUGCAUCUAAACCUUUAUUGCCCUGUAAAAAUAACGCAACAAUCACUGAUGGUUUGAAAAAAAUGGAAAAAAACGACCUUGAAAAAACCCUUAAAAAAUUUCAACUUUCUUACUUUAUAGCGAAACAACAGUUACCUCUUUCAAAGUUUGUUCCAAUUGUUAAAUUAGUUGAGCUUUUCGGUGUGAAUAUGGGCGAAUCCUAUAUUUCAGAUCGCCAAUGCGUUGUAUUUAUUGACUAUAUUGCAAGAAGUCUGCAAAAUUCGUUACACGAUAGCCUUAGAAAUGCUAAAUUUUAUAGUGUAUUGUGUGAUGGUUCAACAGACAGUUCGGUAAUUGAAAAUGAAGUGGUGUAUGCAUUAUAUUUUGAUCCACAGCCAGUUGGGUCGGAUGCGGUUGAAAUCAGGACUUCGUUUUUAGAUAUAAAAUAUUUAGAAUCUGGAAAAGCCCAAGGUGUUGUAAAAGUUUUAGAAGAAUGCUUUGUAAAUUUGCUAACACCUAUUAAAUGCAUUGGUUUUACUUCAGAUGGGGCUGCACUAAAUAGAGGCGAUCAAAGUAGUGUGAAAACCAUUCUACGCGAAAGAAGUCCGUGGCUUGUGUUUGUUUGGUGUGUUGCACACCGCUUAGAAUUAGCAAUUGCAGAUGCUUUAAAAGAUACAGAAUUCGAUCUUGUAGAUGAAAUUAUAUUACGAAGUUAUUGCCUGUACCAAAAAGCACCAAAAAAGCUCCGACAGCUUCGCGAGUUAUAUACUGUUUUAAAAGACGGGAUGGAUACGCUUGAUGAAAGUUGCAAGCCUAAAAAAGCAUCUGGAACACGAUGGAUUUCUUAUAAAGUUAAUGCCAUGAAGUCUUUCCUUGACAAAUGGGGUUUAUACAUUACCCAUCUUGAACAAUUAGCUGAAGACCCAUCGAUUUUAGCUCCUGACAAAGCUAAAAUGAAAGGGUAUCUCCUAAAAUGGAAAAAAGGAAAAAUACCACUUCUAUUUGCAUUUUUUAUCGAUUUACUCGAAAUUCCCUCAAUACUUUCAAUGUCUUUUCAGGAUGAUCAAGUUGAUCACGUUCAAGUAAUGAACUGUCUUACAAAAGCAAAGGAAAGAUGGGUAUUAUUUGAGAAAAAAAGUCUCGAAAAUUUGCCUAGAGUUGAAGAUUUUCUUUCACAAAUCAAAAAAAAAAACGGCAAACAUUAUUAUCAUGACAUUGAACUUAAAGACUUUGAGCGUGAGUUUAAAAUUUUUAAAACAAAAACUGUGGAGUAUUUAACAGUAGUCAGGGACUGCAUUAUACAACGUGUAGAAAACGAAAAAGAAAGUACUCUUAUUUUAAAGUAUGCAUCCCAAGUAUUAAAUUGCAACGGCUGGCUUCGGGAGGUUAUAGCUGAAAGCGGAAUCAUAACGCGAAAUUUAGAUUUUGCCGAUGAAGCUUUAAAUUAUAUAUGCAAACACUUUCAAGAGCCUUUACGCUCUGCUGCUGUUGUUUUUCCAGACAUCUUAACUCAAUGGAAAGAAAUGCUAAGUUAUGCUCAAGAGUUUUUAUCCCCAGUUGAAACGCAAUACCGAAUUACCUGGCAACGCAUAUUUGUAUCACCUAGAAGUAAAUCAUGGACCUCUAUUUUAACAGUUGCUGAGCUAUUGUUUACUUUGCCAAUUUCUAACGCUAAGCUGGAAAGAAUGUUUUCAAAGAUGAAAAGUGUCAAAUCAAAUUAUCGAACCUCAUUGACAGAAUCUUGUGUUUCAAAUAUUUUGCGCAUUUUGGAAGAUGGUCCAUUGCUGAAAGAAUUCAAUUUUCUUCCUGCAAUUGAAUUGUGGUGGAGUGAUAAAGGAAGACGCCCAAACCAAAAACCAACGGGAAUUUAUAAAGAUCGGGUAAACAAAAAAAGAACAAUUUUUUCCCUUAGCGACAGUGAAAAUGAUAGUGGAGAGGAUCUUGUGAAAUCUCUUUUUGAUGACAAUUAAAAGAAAAACAUAUUUUAAUUGUGUAAAAAUCUUUAAGCUUUAAAAUAAAUACAAAAUACUGGU